AUGAUGAAGAUCCGACCGUCGCGAAUCAACGGGAAGCUGCAUGACAACUGGUUCAGGCUUCAACCACGGCAAUGGAAGGAGAGGGUAAAGGGCGAGAUCCGGAUCCAGAUGUUGUACCGGUCGGUGCAGGCGAGGACUUUGACCGCGGCAGAUUUUGAGCUGCUGAAGGUGGUUGGAAAGGGCAGCUUUGGGAAAGUCCUGCAGGUCAAGAAGAAGGAUACAGGUCGUAUCUACGCCAUGAAGGUGCUGGUGAAGAAGGAUAUCGUAGAGCGUCAAGAGAUCGCGCACACACUAUCCGAGAGGAACGUCCUCAUCCAGGCGACAUCCCCAUUCCUGGUCGGCCUCAAGUUCUCCUUCCAGACACCUGAAAAACUCUACCUCGUCCUGGAUUACAUGAACGGAGGAGAGCUCUUCUACCACCUGCAGAAGGAAACUGCUUUCAGUGAAGAGCGAGCAAAGUUCUAUACAUGUGAACUUGUCCUCGCGCUGGAGCAUCUGCAUAAGUAUAACAUUGUCUACAGGGAUCUGAAGCCCGAGAACAUUUUGCUGGACAGUACCGGACACAUCGCUCUCACAGACUUUGGCCUAUGCAAAGAGAAUGUUUCGUUCAACGAUACGACCAACACAUUCUGCGGCACAGCCGAGUAUCUGGCGCCCGAGGUUUUGACGGGGCAAGGUUAUGGCAAAGCCGUCGAUUGGUGGUCUUUGGGGAUCCUGUUCUUUGAAAUGACUACCGGCUUGCCGCCGUUCUACUCCGAGAACAUCAACUUGAUGUAUAAGCAGAUUCUCCACAACCAGCUGUUAUUCCCUCCAGGGUUCUCCAUGCCAGCGCAACAGCUUGUGCGAGGGCUCCUGCACCGCGACCCGCGCUCCCGCCUAGGCGGCGGCCCAGCCGACGCCGCCGAGAUCCGCCAACAACCCUUCUUUCACGACGUCGAAUGGGACAAACUCCUCAAAAAGCAAGUCACGCCUCCCUUCAAACCUCAGGUCGAAUCCGAAACAGAUACCUCCAACUUUGACCCGGCCUUCACCGACGCCUUGCCUGUCGACUCUUUACCGCGCUCAUCGGCACCGCUGAGUCAGACGAUCCAGGAGGAGUUUAGGGGUUUUACGUAUGUGGAGGAGAGUGCAUUGAGUGCGGCUGGUACCAGUCUUGCGUAA